GCCGCUUUUGUUUCGACGACGUUCGGAUUUUCCGAACGUUAUACAUCGCAAUCUCGGCCAAAUUCUUGCCCGCCGGUUCGAGGGGGAAGUUCCGGUGAGAAUCGGAGGCGCGCAGCUCCGCUCCCGUUUGGGCGUUCGGCCGGGAGAAGCUCCGGCGGGCGAUCGGUUCCCUCCCCGGACGGCGGCUCAAUCUGCGCGAACCUUUUCAGUUGUAUCCUCGAAAAGAGUUCUUCAAGAGAACAGUAGCUUCUCCAUGAGGAUAGAUCUGGAACAGCCUUUAGGAGGACGCUACAAGGAAGCUACUUUGUUAAACGCAAAUGGAGAUACCAUUCACUGCGGUGAUGAAGGGCUUGUUGGAGAUGGCCAUGUAAUAAAUCCUCCAAUGGUUACUGAAGUCGAGAGGGAGAAAGAUGGCCCAAAUUUGGGCAAGUGGUCAUCAGACAAUAGGGAAAAAAAUCAUGCCACAGAAGAUGUCAAUGGAAAUUCUUCAAAAAAUACAGAGCCCCAUGACGGCAUGGAGUUUGAAUCCAAGGAGGAGGCUUUCUCCUUCUAUAGAGAGUAUGCAAAGUCAGUGGGCUUUGCCGCCAUAAUAAAGGCCAGCCGACGCUCAAGAAUAUCUGGCAAAUUUAUUGAUGCAAAAUUUGCAUGUACUAGAUAUGGUAACAAGCGGGAGCCUGCAGCGGAUGCAAUGGCAGAACCAAUUUCAACUACAGAUAUCAUAGCAAUUCCUAUCAAGAAAAAGCGAGGUAGAACUAAUCAAUCUGGGUCAAAGACAGAUUGUAAGGCUGGCAUGCAUGUGAAACGAAGGAAAGAUGGAAGAUGGGUGAUUCAUAGUUUAAUAAAGGAGCAUAAUCAUGAAAUAUUUCCAGACGAAGCAUAUUAUUUCAGGCAUCAUAGAAACUCAAAUCAGGAUGACAGCCAGGGGGAUACUCUGCAUGCUAUCCGUGCAAGAACUAAGAAGAUGUUUGUUUCAAUGACUAGACAGUCCUGUGGGGAUAAGAAACUUCAAAGCCAGAAAGUUGGCCUUACGAAUCAACCAAAGAAUGAUCAGCAUUUGCGCUUAGAUGAAGGAGAUACUCAGCUUAUGCUCGAUCAUUUAAUGUUCAUGCAAGACCAGAAUCCAAACUUCUUUUACGCCGUAGACUUGAAUCCAGAACAGCGUCUGAGAAAUGUUUUCUGGGUUGAUGCCAAAGGCAGGAUUGACUAUGGAAAUUUUGGCGAUGUGGUCUUCUUUGACACUACAUACAUAAAAAGCGAAUUCAGGUUACCAUUUGCUCCUUUUAUCGGUGUGAACCAUCACUGUCAGUCCUUCUUGCUUGGGUGUGCGCUUCUGGCAGACGAGACCAAAUCAACAUAUGUUUGGCUGAUGCAGGCAUGGCUUAGAGCAAUGGGUGGACAUGCUCCACAAGUCAUACUCACUGACCAAGAGAAAGCCCUGAAAGAAGCUAUUGCUGAGGUCUUACCAGAAUCUCGACAUUGUUUCUGUUUAUGGCAGAUUUUAAGUAAGGUCCCAGAGAAGAUCGGUUGCAUGAUUAAGCAAGAUCGAAAUUUCACGAAGAAAUUCCACAAAUGCAUCUACGAGUCAAGUACAGCUGAACAGUUUGAGAAGAGAUGGAGAAAAAUGGUUGAUAGAUUCAAUCUAGGAGAUAAUUCAUGGUUCCUUUCAGCAUAUGAAGAUCGUCACCAGUGGGCCCCGACGUACAUGAAAGACAUCUUUUUGGCAGGAAUGUCUACAGUGCAACGGUCAGACAGUACAAUUUCUUUCCUUGACAAGCACUUGCAACGGAAAACUACAUUCAAAGAGUUCGUGGAGCAAUACAAAACUAUUUUACAAGAGAAGUAUGAAGAGGAAGCAAAAGCAGACUUCGAAACUUGGCAUAAGCAGCCAGGAUUGAAGUCCCCGUCGCCUUUUGGGAAGCAAAUGGCAGCUACAUAUACACAUGCAGUAUUCAAAAAGUUUCAGGUUGAGGUCUUAGGAGUUGUCGCUUGUCAUCCCAGGAAAGAAAGUGAAGAUGGAGACAUCAAAAGCUUCAAGGUUCAAGAUUUCGAGGAGAGCCGAGACCUUAUUGUGGUUCAAAGUGAAAGAACAUUGGACAUUUCUUGCUCGUGCCGCUCAUUUGAAUUGAACGGUUUUCUUUGUAGACAUGCGAUGAUUGUUCUGCAAAUAUCUGGUGUGCAUAAUAUCCCAUCCCAAUACAUACUGCGACGUUGGACAAAGGAUGCAAAGAGUAUAGCUUUGUUGAGACGGGGCUCAUCUAUUAUUCAGUCCAGGAUUGACCGCUACAAUGAUUUGUGUCAGCAGGCAUUUAAGUUAGGUGAUGAAGGAUCUUUAUCUCAAGAGAGUUAUGCUAUUGCAUCUGCCGUACUUGAAGAAGCUUUAAGAAAAUGUGAGAGUAUAAAUAAUUCAACUCAGUCAACGGAUUCCAAUUCUCCACGACAUGGUCUUCAGUACCUUGAAGAUGGGAACAAAGGCAUCAGAACAUCCAAGAAAGAUACGAAGAAUAGCUCAUCAAAAGAGGGAGAGGGACCAUCAAGUUUAGAAGCACCAGCACUUGAAUGCUACGAUGCUCAAGAAAGCAUGCGAGGGAUCAUAUGGAGUAACUGAAUAGCAACAAUAAUGUUCUGAUGGGAUGGUCUGACCUAGUACAACUCAUUUCAUGGAAAUCUUUGCCGUUUUUGCAGUGUGGGUGUUAACUCAUAUCUUUAUAGGAAAAAACUGAAUUCAAGAGCUCCAGCUCUUGAUGGCUAUUUUGGUCCUCAGCACGUUGGGCAGGGAAUGGGACAGUAAAAAAUGGUAGUCAUAAAUCGUGUCGAUUACCGCAGCAAUGAACAAACCUUGGAAGGACUGGUAUGGAGCAUUGUUUAGUUGAUGGUGUUUUCAACCUUACUCUCAAGUGCUUUGGUAAAAGCCAUCUACGUGUCAGGUCGCAAACUCUUCCUGGUUGUUUUGAUGCUCAAGAUGGUUUAUGAGGACCAAUGUAAUGUAGAUCCUGAGAGUGAGAAGUACCCCUAUCAUGAGCUGCUUGUUAGUACUUGUUUAGCAAAGGGAGUGUAGUAAUCAUGGGGUAAUCUUCCAUGAUUGUAUAUGCUGAUCCAUUUAGGUUAUAGUGCUUUUCUUUGUAGGUGUUGCCGCUAGCAACUGUGUAAAUGAAGUUACAAUCAACCAUUAGUGAGGAAGCAAAUUUCAGGUGGCUGAAGUCGUCGUUAGCGCUGCCCUCUUUGCUUAUCUUGGGCGUGCACUUUAGACAACGAGAUUGAUGAUUGAGACGAAGAUUCGGUAGUUCCCAAGUUUUGUGCAGUUUCAUUAUAUGAUCUUCUCGGACUUUAAUCGCAGAUGAACAUUUAACGAUUAUUACCAA